AUGGCGACCGUGUGCAUCGGUGAGAAAAUAAAGGACUUCAAGGUUUUAACACUCCUUGGGAAGGGGUCGUUCGCCUGUGUUUACAGAGCAAAAUCUGUGAGUACAGGUCUGGAGGUGGCGAUAAAAAUGAUUGACAAAAAGGCCAUGCACAAAGUGGGAAUGGUACAGAGAGUCCGCAAUGAAGUGGAGAUACAUUGUCAGUUGAAGCAUCCGUCAAUAUUGGAGCUUUACAACUAUUUUGAAGACAACAAUUAUGUCUAUUUGGUACUGGAGAUGUGUCACAAUGGAGAGAUGAGCAGAUAUUUAAAGAACAGAAAAGCUAGUUUCUCAGAAGAUGAAGCUCGACACUUCAUGCAUCAUAUUGUCACUGGAAUGUUGUACCUUCACUCACAUGGUAUAUUGCAUCGGGACCUCACUCUUUCUAAUCUUCUACUUACAAGUGACAUGAACAUAAAAAUAGCAGAUUUUGGAUUAGCCGCACAGCUGAAAAUGCCCAGUGAAAAGCAUUUCACCAUGUGUGGAACUCCCAAUUACAUUGCACCGGAGAUCGCAACUCACAGUGCUCAUGGUCUUGAAUCUGAUGUGUGGUCUCUUGGGUGCAUGUUUUAUACUUUUCUGGUGGGAAAGCCACCAUUUGACACUGACACUGUUAAAAAUACACUGAAUAAAGUGAUGCUGGCAGAUUAUGAAAUGCCAACAUUUGUUUCAAGCGAGGCUCAAGAUUUGAUCUAUCAGCUGCUUCGAAAAAAUCCAGCAGAUCGCAUCAGUCUUUCUAGUAUAUUGGACCAUCCAUUCAUGAUGAAGUGCCCUUCAUCCAAAAAUAAAGAUUCAACAUCUGCAGAGGACUCAAUGGAUAGUGGACAUGCCACAAUUUCAACUGCGUUUACCACAGGAGCAGGAUCUUUUGGUGCUAGUGCCACAGGACGCUUACAGCAGAAAACAAAACAAGUCAUAGGACAAUUUCUUCCAAAUAAAAUGUCAGUCAUUACUUCACACAAUAGUAUUAUCAAUGAUACUUCAUCCCUAGGAUUUAGCAUAGAAUAUCAUGGGGAAAGAGCACAAAACACUGAAAUUAAUAGAGCUGGUCGAGGAAGAACUAUACAACAUGGAGAUGAAGAACGACCCCAUUCCCGAUGGCUUCGAAGGGCGCACUCUACUGACAGAUCUGAAAACUUCCAAAAUCAGAAACCUGAAAAGCCCAAAAGCAGCAUGGAGCGCUGUCAAUCUGUUGAUGCACUGUUAAAGUCAACCAGACAUGGAAUGCAUAAUCGUGAAAACUUUUAUGGAGAUAAUUAUGUAGAUAUUCCACAGUUUAAUAGAGAGGUUUCAGAUAACGUCGCCACCCAGGACAAGCUUACCAUGUCUCCUGUCAAACAGACCACAAACCCAAGCUUUGCUUACCAGCCUGCCUCCAGUGGACCACUCUUGGAGCAGAUAUCACAGGCUGGCACAAUACAGCACUGGUUUGAAAAUAGCCAGCCACAUAAUGCUCAUUUCGGAAAACCAGUGGAUAUCAGCACCACUGGUAGCUCUAAUGGAAUUUUACAUGGAAGAAAGCAGACUGUAGAUGAGGUUAUAUCAACAAAUAUGUGGGGAAAACAAUGCAGCAACAAAAUGAAAACUGACCAACUAUACUACAAAGAUUGCUUCAGAAAACAGAUAGAUAAUCAAAGUUGUGAAGGAGAUUCCAGACAAUCAGACAUGCGGUAUGUCUGUCCUCAAGCUGUGAAACAACGUGGAUUAAUAAAACAGGAAAGGCAAUCUACUGAAUCUCAAAACAAGACGUUGCGGGAGUUGGUGUCACCACUGAAAGCUCACAGACUUAAAGCAAUCCGGCAAAAAACUAAAAAUGCUGUGGUCAGUAUUCUUGACUCUGAAGAAGUGUGCAUGGAGCUUUUGAAAGGGAAUGGUGCUCAAGAACGUGUAAGGGAAGUACUUAGAAUAUCCUGCGAUGGAAACAUGAUCCAUAUUUACCAUCCUAAUGAGGGAAGAGGUUUCCCAAUAGACAACAGACCACCAUCUCCACCAGAGGAAGUAUUUGUUUACAGUUUUGAUGACUUACCAGAAAUCUAUUGGAAGAAGUAUCAGUAUGCAUCAAAGUUUGUUCAGUUGGUGAGAUCCAAAACUCCAAAGAUAACACUGUACACUAAGUAUGGCAAAUGUAUGUUAAUGGAGAAUGGCCCACAAGCUGAUUCUGAAGUCUGUUUUUACGAUGGAGCAAAAGUUAAUAAGACGUCUGAGUUUAUUCGUGUCAUAGAAAAAUCUGGGAAAUCACACACACUUAAAGGAGGGAAAAUAAAUGACUUGGAUGAAGAAAUAAAAUAUUAUGUGGAACAUGCGCAUGAGGCUUAUCAGACUUGUCAAGAUCUGGAAUCAAUCAUUGCUGAACAAGAAGGAAGAAAGGGAAAACAGAUGUCAUUUUUCCCUAUAAUUAUUGGAAGGCGGCCUGCAAACAUAGAUUCCAUGCUACCCCCAACUCCUACAUUGGAUCCAAAACAUGAAUUGCAGGAGCAACCACUGAUUCAAAAUAGAACUAACCAGACUGUAAGCAUUAGUCCCUCGAUUUGUUUGUCUGAGGAGUCUAUUUUAACAACUUUUACCGAUGUUAAAAAUAAAACUGCACCUUUAUCACAGCCUGCAAUAUCUCCAAGUCCAGGACAGGUGCUGAAAUCUGUUUUUGUACCUAAUGUUGGCUGGGCAUCCCAGCUCAACAACGGAGAAGUCUGGGUUCAAUUUAAUGAUGGUUCUCAGCUCCUGGUUCAAGCUGGUGUUGCAGCGGUCAUUUACACACCUCCUCAGGGCCAAUCAAUCAGGUAUGGGCAGAAUGAGAUGAUUCCAGAUCAUGUAAAAGGGAAGCUACAGUGCCUCUCAUCAAUCCUAGGAAUGCUGGCAAAUCAGACAAGUCAACAUAGAUUCCAAUGACACAUGUAUAUAUAAUCUGUCAAAUUGACAAUAUUUUCUUACAUUUUUGUAUAUUUGUGAAUGUUUGUUUUCGGUAAUGUUCGUAAGUUACUACCCCUUUCCCUUGACACCUGAAUAAUAGCGGUCAGAGUUAAAGCUGAAAAAGAUGUUUGUUUAAUGUAGCACUUGUAAAUGCUGUAUCUGAAGCUGUAAAUAAUUGUGUAUUUAUUAUUUCUUUUGAGAUUUUUUAUUUUUUCUAUUCGUAUCUAAGUUGAGUAAAUAUAAUGCAUUGAUAAAGAGUUGAAAUGGGCAUAUUGUAGAUGUGUAUUUAACUGUAUAGAAGGGUUUGCACAAUUUAUAAAAAAACAUGUAUUUUCUGUAAGACAAUUUUAUAUAUAAUUUGUGCAUUUUAGAGCUGCACUGUAAUUUCAUUACCUGACUUUGUUAGCAACAAAACACUGCUUCCAACAUGGAGUGGGGCAUUGAACUUCAUGAAGUGUUUGUAUCCUUCAUUCUAAGAUGACUGUUCACGCAAAAACAAAAUAUCUAGACUAAAUUUGAAAUUCUAAGUCAUGUGUUCUAGUAUUUUGAUAAGUUAUAAAGUAUAUCAUCCAAAUUAGCCACACUACCUUUUGCCCCACAUUUUAAGAUUUUAAACUUAAGUAAUUAUUGGUUUUAAUUCCCCAAGUCCAAGCUUGGCCUACAAUUAAGUUAAUUUUAAAUUAGUACUUAAUUGUUGAAAAGAUUAUGAAUUACCUUGCAGGAAAAUGAAUAACCAUUGUUAAUGAGACAACUUAGUCAAAAAAUAUUGAAAACUGAUUUGGAUUGUAAUCUACUGCUUAGUAUAUAUGUAAAUUAUGUAUAUUUAAAUAACAAAACUUGCUGUCCAUUAUUGACUGUUCUAAUAUAUUAUGUGUAUUGGUGCUUUAAUACUAGUUUGUUUUUUUUUAUAAAUAACAGUUUUUCCUAAUUUGUUUUUCCGUAAAAAUGUCUCUCCUUGCUAGCAGAAAGAAAUCUUGCAACUAGCAGCAUGUAUUUCCAGUUUUAUUUGUCAUUAAAUAAAUUUGAAAAGUUCCUGCAAUAUUUUUAAAAGAAAUAAUGUGUAAAGACAGACCAAGCCUUCUGUUCAAGUUUUAAUACCAAAUAUCAGUUGUUCGGAUGCUAAUAGUUAACAAUUACUUUUCUUUUGCAUUAAGGCACUAACAUCCAGACCGCAACCAGUACAUAAUUCCUAUGAGCUUUGGGUAUUUCAACAAAUUUGAUUGCACCAUCUCCCAAAAUAGAUGGUUCUAGCACUGGGGAUAUUAAUCUAAAUUGAAACCUUAAAUAACUUUUAUUAGCCCAAAGGCAACCAACAGUGGCAUCCAAGAUUCAUUAACCAAUCUUAAAACAGGAUUAAAUCUAAGACCUCCAGAAUGAUUUUGCUUGCUGGGUUUAACCAUUUUGACACUAACUGAAGUUUAAAAAAAAAUGCACUUCAUUCUCAAAUCAAAGCUUAGAUUUAAUUUUAUUACAAAGUUUAAUAUUUUCAUUUUUGAGAACUGUCAAUUGGCUAAAUAUUCUUACCACACUUUAUAAAAUUCUUUUGAUAUGAAAUGUUAACUUAAUUAUUUGACAGAUACCACCUGCAUAUUUCCAGCAUUUUCAAUUUCUAACUUUCAUUGUCCUGCCAUUUUAAAAUAAAAGUUAGUAACAUUUAAAUUUGGAAAUUGUACAUAAUUUAUAGAAGAAAAAAGGUCAGUCAGAAUGUUAAUAUGCUAGCAUUGAUAUUACUCCAAUAUGUUAGUGCAUUUUCAAAACUUAGUCUUGGAUAAACUAUAGCCCUUGUUUUGAACACAGAGGCAGCUAGUUGGGAGGAGUGCAUAAAAAGCUGAGACUUGAGAGAGCUUUUAUAGAAAGAUUGCCAAUUUUUUAAAAAUGUUUUAUUUCCAGGAUGAACAGGUAUAGAUUUGAAACAAAACAAUUCUGAAAACAGCAGGUUGUGCAGUAUUUGUGGAAAGAAAAAGAGUUAAUAUUUAAAGUCUGUUCACAUUGAAACCUUAAUCUCGUUUCUCUGACCUGAGAUUUUCCAGUACUUUUAACUUCCGUUUCUGUUUUCCAGCAUCAGUUAUUUUUUUUCUUUUUUCAGUAUAUGGGUUUAAUUAGCAAGUGCAAUAUUAAAUGUACAUUUACUUUGCUGUAAAAAUAAAGCAGCUUAACAGAUUUGGCUUUGAAUCUUUAAAUUUGUAUGCCCUACAUUCUAAGAGGUUGAAAAAUACUGUACAAAACAAUAUCUGGUACAAACAACUAAAGUCAUAUUGAUUAAGGUUAAUGUUAGGCUUAGGCUGUUUCAUGGGCAUGAAUGAUGUCUCUGAGCCAGUCAUUUAGAAUGAACUUAACAGUUACAGUACAGUUAGUUGUGCACUUAAUUGAGAAUGUAAAGGGCAUUUUUUUUAAAUGAUUGAUAGCUAGCAAAAGGCUGGAAGUUGAGUGUUCCAAACAAAAUGCAAAUGUUUCACAUAUCAUGGGAAAUCUGACAUUGAGAAGCUAUAUCCAUCAGUUUCUACUGCAUAAUCCAGUGUUUGCUUGCUGGUAGCAAAUGAGAUGACUAAAUACUGCUAUUCCAGAACUGUCCCCACCUCCUUGUUCAGGCUUGACCAGCAAUUAGCAGCCUCCAACCAUAAUUUUCUCCCUGUAUUCAGGAGUGCCAGCUCCUGACAGGUGCAUUUGAAGAUAUUUUUAACCAUUAGUUUCCACAACCUUUGGACUCACUUUCAAGGACUCAUCA